UCAAAUUUUGAACAAAACCAAGGAGCCACCAAAUUGGAGCUUCAGACGAAUUCUGACGAGUAUGUGCAGAGUCGAGGAAGCCAUCCUCACUCUCCUUCAAGGCUGUAACAGUAUGCAUCGUCUCCGCAAAAUCCAUUCUCAUGCCAUCUUACUCGGCUUUGAGCACAGCUCGGCAGUCGCCGGAAAGCUUCUCUCUUUCUGUGCUACUUCUUCCGCCGGCAACCUCUCUUACGCUCUUCUUCUCUUCUCCCGCCUGCCGAACCCUUCCACCGCCCACUGGAACUCCCUCAUCCGUGGCUUUUCUGUUUCCCCUUCCUCUUCGUACUCCAUGUCCCUCUACAACUCCAUGUUAUCCUGUUCCUCAGCUGCUCGCCCGGACGCCGCCACCUUCUCCUUCCUCUUCAAAGCUUGCGGCCAGAAUGGGGCUACAGGUAAGUGCAGGGAGGCUCAUGGAAGCAUUUUUCGAUUUGGGUUUGCCUCAAACAUAAUCGUUUGCACGAAUCUCUCCAGGGCAUAUGCUGAUAACGGGUCUGUGGGAGAUGCAAGAAAGGUGUUUGACGAAUUGCCUGAUAGAGACAUCGUUUCGUGGAACUCAAUGAUAGCUUGUUACUGCAGGGCAGAAAUGCAUGAAGAAGCGUUGAGGGUUUAUGAGCAGAUGAGGAUUGUAGGUUUUUCGAUAGAUGACUUUACUGCUGUCGGGUUGCUCUCCUCAUGUGCACAUCUUGGUGCUUUGGAGCUUGGAGUUUGGGUGCAUAGGUUUGCUGAAGAAAAUGGUUUUUUGGAUAGAAAUGUUUUUGUCGGUAAUGCACUGGUAGAUAUGUAUGUGAAGUGUGGGAGUUUGGAGCAAGCUUGUAUUGUAUUUGAUAAGAUGAAGAGGCGGGACACUUUCACAUGGAACUCAUUGUUGUUUGGGUUUGGUAUUCAUGGCCAUGGGAAGGAGGCAAUAUUGUUCUUUCAACGGAUGGUUAUCGCGGGGGUUCAACUAAAUUCAGUAUCUUUCCUUGGGCUUCUUAUGGGUUGCAGCCACCAGGGAUUGGUUGAUGAAGGUCUGGAGUAUUUUCAUGCAAUGAGCUCUAAAUUUGCCUUGAAACCUGAUGCCAAGCAUUAUUGUUGCAUGGUGGAUAUGAUGGGUCGAGCAGGGAAACUUGAAAAGGCUGUUGAAUUUAUCAGGGCUUCAUCAUUUGUAAGUGAUCCAGUUCUUUGGAGGGCAUUGUUGAGUGCUUGUAAAAUUCAUAAAAAUGCAGAGAUGGCAGAAGUUGCUCUUGGAAAUCUCAUUGAGAUGUCAGCCCAUAAUGCUGGUGAUUGUUCUCUUCUUGCAGGAAUCUAUGCCUCUAACGGAAAUUCUGAUGGUGUUUCAAAGAUGAGGAAAAUGGUCAAGGAGCAGGGAAUGAAGACCACUCCUGGUUGGAGUUGUAUAGAAGUGAAAGGUGAGGUGAGAAAGUUUGUUGUUGAUGAUAUCUCGCAUCUAGACAUUGAGGAAAUUCAUAAGAAGCUGAUGGAAAUGAUCAACAGAGCAAUUGCAUUGGGUUAUCCUGCUGAGAAGUUUAAAUUAAUUUUAAGUGAAAAAUCUCCUGAGAUGUAUAAGGAGUGGAUAGAACAUGGAGGAAGUUUCCAUAGUGAAAUCCUGGCAAUUGCUUUUGGACUAGCAAGAAUGCCAGAAGGGGCUAUAUUAAGAAUCGUAAAAAACAUGAGGGUUUGUAUGGAUUGCCAUAUGCUAACAAAGCAUGUGUCAAGGGCAUUUGAUCGAGAAAUCAUUGUGAGGGAUCGUGUGCGGUUUCAUCACUUUAAAGAUGGAUCAUGCUCAUGCAAUGACUAUUGGUGAUGCUACUUCCAAGAAGAUUUUUUUGUCACGGAC